AUGGACGUUGAGGCGUCCGGUAUACCGACAACCUUCAAUACUCAAACCACACAAUGGCUGGCGAGCUCGUCAACGACGGGAUCACCCGAGCAGCAGACGCAGUCAGCACGGCGCAACAACAAUACUCGUCAGGACGAGCAGCAGCAGGCGGAGCGACGAGAACAGCGGGCGCGUAAGAAGAGAUCAGCCAACCAGGUGCGAUCACGGCCUGCUGACCCUGCCGUCAUCUCCUCCAUUCUCGACUCCUUCUCCGUCCUGGGUACACCCCCGCGCGUCCACUCCAGCGAAUACCAGCCCGACACCGGCAGCCUCAGCAGCAGCAAGCGCUCCCGACCACGAUCCUCAGGCAGUACCAGCGUGCCGCCGAGCAUUGCGCGCACGCCGGCCUCAUCAGGGUUUGGCAUGGAGUAUGGCGCAUCUCCAAUGGCCGACUACUUCGCGCCAGCCGAUGCCGCUCCACCACCCUCCAUCCGUACAUCUCGAGCACCGUCAGGCCUGUCGCACUACGCCGCGCCGUCUCCGCGACAAUCGUUCACCGAUCUCCACGCCAGUGCAUUGCGACCCGCCAAUGGCCUCAGCUCACGUACUGGCUCGUAUACAAGCCUCCGCGAACGAGACCCAUCUAGUAGGAACAAGCACAGUGCUGAGAGCUGGAUCAAGACUCCAGAGCCACGGAGGAAGAGUCUGAGGCGGAUCAACUCACAAGAGUCACUACGCCAGUCUGCUGGUGAGGUGUUCGAUGUGCCCAUACCCACAGGUGGUGCGAACUUGAGCAUCUUAGCGCGGGCCGACCAGGUCUUCACUUUCAAGACUCCGCCGCGCACGAAUGAGAAGAGCCGGCUGUACUUGGUAGAUACGGGAGGGAGUGAGGAGAAUGCCAUUGAUGACGCACUCAUGAGUGAGGCAAGCCCCAUGGCAUCGAGUGACGGCACACUGUAUACAGAGGAUGGGUCGCCUCGGAAGCAGCGAACACCACCACUGAAGAAUCCGAUCACGGACUCGAUCCCCAUGCGAACAUCCUCUUUGCGCAUUUCAAGCAACUCUCGUGCUUCGAGCAAGAAACGAGACAAGGUCAUGAAGCGCAUGACCGCACCAGCGCCGGACACCGAAGAAGAAACUGCAUCUAAGAGCCCAAUACCAGAAUCUAGUUGGGCGGAUCUUGGUGAAGACGACGAGACUGUGAAACGGAUUCGUCAGCUUCGGGAGAGGCGAAAGACAUUCAUAGCGGAAUCCAGCUCCCCAUCGAUAUUCGAGGAUCCGCCACCACUUCCUGUGCUGUUACCUAGCAUACCCAAACAAGACUUUGACAUUGCGCAUGAUAUUCUGCCAUUCCGCGUCGAACAGAGAACAGUGGCAGCGAUUAGCAGACCCUCUGCAGCGCGGGCCAUCACAGAACCACCAACUAAGGCGCAUAAAAUCCUCGGCAUCACUACUGAUCUACCUAGGCCGACUUCGAGUGGCACCGGGACUCAAAGUAUGACGCCGGUGGCAAACAGACGUACCCAGGCAGUCAUAGAUGACUUGCCCACGCAAGUCAGGAACGGCACAAAGGGACCAGAAAGUGUCAGUCUCCCGACACCGCCACUAUCGCUCGACUAUUCAUACGCACAAGCUGUUGAUGCUCUGUCCGGAGCGCAUCGCGAGAUGGACCAGCCCAGGCAUAAGCGACACGGGUCCACGCGUGCCACCCCGCAAUACACAACCAUCUCGUCUCCGAUAUCAGAAACUGAUUCGCAAGACUCGCCACUACGCAUUCGCACGAAGAGCGCACGAAAACGGACCGAUCCUGCCGCGCGCUGGACACAUCAUCCCGAUCUUCCAACUGAUCUAUCAGAGAGAAGGAAGAGUAGGCGGAAAUCAAUGAGCGAUGCGCGCCGCUUGCAUCAUGGCGACGAGAGCAUGCCGAACCUGGAGCGACAAGAUAGUAUUGAGCUAGCGGUACAGGAUUUUCUCGAGGCGGCUCGGUUGAGUCGCAUGGUCAGACAUCCACGCAGUGGACGAAUCAUCAAGUUCUCCGAAGUUGGCGAUCCGAAGGGCGCUGCUGUCUUCAUCUGUGUGGGCAUGGGUUUGACUAGAUAUGUGACGGCGUUUUAUGAUGAGCUGGCCACCACACUGCGACUGCGCCUCAUCACGAUCGAUAGGCCUGGGGUUGGUGGCAGCGAGCCAUAUCCUUUGAACGACAGGAGUGGGCCGCUCAGCUGGCCCGACGAUGUAGUCGCCAUCUGUCAACAUCUAGGAAUCACGAACUUCAGCCUUUUGGCACAUUCUGCAGGAGCGAUAUAUGCACUCGCGACAGCUUUGAUAUUACCACAUUUAAUUAAUGGAAAGGUACAUCUUCUGGCACCUUGGAUCCCACCAAGUCAACUGGAAGCCACACCUCAUGCUACGACCGAAGCACCACCAGCUGGUGCACUACCACGAAGUCAGCGAUUACUUCGUGUUCUGCCGACUUCGUUCCUCAAAGCUGCGAACUCCUCCUUCAUGACCGCGACUUCUGCGUCCCUAAAACCUGCCAGCAAGCGACAAUUGCAGGCCGCGCGAGAUCGUGCCCGAGAACAGUCUCUAUCACCUACGAGGAUGACUGAACGCCCAGGGACUGCCAAUCGACCGGACUAUCAUCGCCGCGAAUCUUUGAUGCUGAUGGAUCAGUUCAUGCCUACCAUAAACCCACUCGAGAACUUCCCCAUCCCCAUUGCCGAAGAAGCCGGCGCCCUUGAUCUGGGUGAAGGACGUCGAGGCUCACUUUUCCUUGGCGCCACCGCCACGCCUACCGAUCCCUCCUUUGAGUUCGCUCAAGCUGGUCUCAAUGCCGCCGAGCACGCUGAACGCGAAAGGCAGGUAGAAUAUACCUCCCGUCUCACCCUCCGCACUUGGGAACGAGCUACCCGCGACAGCAACCCGGCCACCGACCUCCUCGUCUGUCUCGAACGCAACCGUGAGAUAGGUUUCAAAUACACUGACGUCUCGCGCCAAGUCGUCAUCACGCACGGCUCGGAAGACAAACGUGUACCCCUAGCCAACGUGAAAUGGCUGAGUGGGCAGAUGAAUGCCCGUGCAGUGUCAGGAGGUUGGAACAGUUUUGGUUCGACCGAGCAAAUACCGCAGAGUCGGGAGGGCUGGUAUGAUGCGCGGUUGAGUCGGGGCGGGUGCGAGUUGAGGGUUUUGGAAGGGGAAGAACAUGGACUCAUGGCUAGUGCGCCGAUUAUGAGCGAUGUGCUGACCGAGAUUGCUGGGUACUGGGCUGGAGAGAAGAAGGGGAUGAUGAUAUAG